CGCGAUUGGAGCCACUCUUGUACUGGACAAGGUAAUCUCUACUUUAACUUACUCCUUGUUACAUCUCAAAAGAACCCACUAACUAAUAUACCUUUAGCACCAUCAUCCCCAGGAUGUUCUUCUGUCCGCACCCAUCGGCGCUUUGGUUGGGCUGGUCUUUUACCGCCACUCAUAUGCUGCCAUCUUUGAUUACAGAUAUAAUCACAUUCCUCUCCCGCCGGCCAGGAUCCACCAGCGAUUCACCUACGAGCCAUCUCAUCCAUUUGAAUCUGUUCCGUUAACACACGUGGUGUCUCAUUCGCUACCUCCAAAGACCCCUCCCCAUCAUGGAACCCAGAUGACCCAACUCCCUACUCCUUCCAUUAUAAACAAGCCCCAGGAUCCCCCGCACUACCCACAACAGGCCCAAGUCUCCGCAGACGCGCAUCAAUCUCCCACUGCAGAAUCCACUGAUUCUUCAACCAACAAAGACCACGAUCUCUGCGACGACCAUGCGCAAGCUCAGGCCCACGAGAGUGAUGAAGAACAGGAUAUUAACGCCCGCUGCGAAUACCAGCCUUCUCCUGAGAUCGAGCAGCAAGUGCAUUCCCAAGAUGACCGCACCCGCUCUCACGACAACUUUUCUCUCGACGAUCUCAGUGAUUUUGAAAUCACCCACAACAGCGAAGCCGACCAUCCUUCUCCUGACACCGAGCAGCAAAAUCCUUCUUCCCAGGACGGCACUGACGGCGCUCGCGACUUUGCCCUUGAGCCGACUGAAGUCCAAAGCGACCCUCAGCAUCUCACCCCCAUCUGGACACCCCGCCAGCCUCGUCAGGAACAACCCACCCUUCUCGCGAACACUCCAGUCUAUCCCACUCCUGCAUUCUGUCUUACUCCUCCCAUCUUCCCCACGCCUCUCGUUCUCCCCACACCCUCAUCAGCCUCAUCAGACGGGUUCCCCUACGUCCCUUCGCCAGUCUCCGGUCCUUGUCUGAUUGGACUUGAGAUGACGCCGUCCCGCGCACCCAGAUCAAAUCAGAUUGAGUGGCACGCUCAGGACGACCAACAGAUGCAGAUGCAGCUGCAGCUGUAUCGCCCUCCAUCAUCGCCUGUUGUUCCGCAUUGGUGGUCGCUGGAUUAUACCGCCCUUAGCAAUAUGAGGAAUGAGCCAGUCGAUUAUGCUGCAUCGGAGCUUGACUCGCACUCUCAAUUGCAGUUGGAGUUUGAUUUACUUGAGCCGGAGCAGGCGGAACAGGCGGAGCAGGUUGAGCAGGUGGAGAACAACAAUGAGGAUGAAGAUGAGCAUACCAAGGGCGAGGUUGAGCACGCAGAGGACUCGCACUCGCCGCUGCUCUUGGAGUUUGAUUUCCAUGAACUUGAGCCCGAGCAGGUUAGUAAUGAUGAGCAUGAUGACGGGGCUGAGCGUGGAGAGAAAUCGGAGUCAGGGUCGAUUGCAGAGUCUGAAUCCGUGUCUGAAUCUGACGCCGAGUCGGUCCCGGCUUCUCACAGUGUCGUUGACAAUGCUGCCGCUGCGGCGACGAUGAUGCAGAAUAACAUUGGAGCGUUGGUCCUGAUUGGGCUGAUUGCCAUUCUCCUGCUCUAAGUCUUUUUUUCACUCCUCUUUUGAUGUUCUCUUUCCACUUCUGUUAUCAAGUUCUCUUUCCAUUGUUUCUUGUGUUUCCCGUUUACCUUUUUUUCUGGUAUGAACCUUUUGGUAUUUUACCCGCUUUAGACGCUUAGUCUCUCUAGACUCUUAGUCUCUUUAGACGCAUACUCACUUUAGACGCUUAGCAUGCGGGAGUUUCUGUAUUCUGUU